GGUUAGCAUCUGGCUCAGGGGCUGACGAUUUUCGAAAAGUUUAACGGUGGGGUAAGCAAGGAGACCCAGUCACAACGUUGUGAUUGCAACACUUAGGGAGACAGCGAGUAAACCUCCAGAACACCGAGUUCAGUGCCUAGAGGGGGGGGCCGCUGACGUCACUUCCGCCCACGGUCUAAAACCGCGCCUGCGCACUGCGUCUCUUCCUCUCCGGCUUGGGCUUCGGUUCCGGCGACAUGGCCAAACGCACCAAGAAGGUCGGGAUCGUCGGGAAAUACGGGACCCGCUAUGGUGCCUCCCUCCGGAAAAUGGUGAAGAAAAUUGAAAUCAGCCAGCACGCCAAGUACACCUGCUCCUUCUGUGGCAAGACCAAGAUGAAGAGACGGGCCGUUGGCAUCUGGCACUGUGGUUCCUGCAUGAAAACAGUGGCUGGUGGGGCCUGGACCUACAACACGACUUCUGCCGUCACAGUGAAGUCCGCCAUCAGAAGACUGAAGGAACUGAAAGACCAGUAGAAGCAUACCGUUUGAGACCUGCCUGUGCUCUAAUAAAUGGGUUAAUUUACGUAA